CCCACCGAAACACAGAUAGAUAGAUAGAUGGCAAAAGUCUAAAAAAACCUUGAUUUUGUUCUCCAAGUCUGAAUCAAACCCUGAAUUGAGAAUCCCUAGAAUUGUCACCUUGUCUUUGUUAAUCCCGGUUUAUCCCAGCCCAUUAGUGCUAAUAGAUGGUUUGGGCGUCGGGAUUGCUGGUGUGGCUGGGAUUAGGGGUUAAUUGGACGCCAUGAUGGACGGACUAUGGGCCCUACUGUCCUCAUAAACCCCACCACGAACCUGCUCCUUCCCCUGUUUCUCUCCCUGGAUGUCACCCGUUCCUUCCCCAGCUUGCAGCGGCAAUGGCGUACAUGCAUUGAUUGAUCACGGGGACGGCAAGACGAUCACGGCGGCUGGAAAAAUCUCUGGUUCCUCAUGUCAUCAUGGAUCCUUGCGACAAACUACAUGUGCGGUUUCAUUUUGGUGGCCAAUUUGUUCGAAUUGGGCCUACUUUAGACUAUGUUGGUGGAGAUGAAGCAAGUUCAGAGAUUGAAAGGGAUAGAUUGUCUUUGCCAGAGAUCAAAGGCUUUCUUGGUGAUCACAUACCAGUGAAAGAAAGUAUGAAGAUUCACUUCCUGAUGCCUGGUAAAAAACUAGUGGAUGGCCUAUUAUUUUUGUGUGAUGAUGUUGGUUGUAUGAAGAUGUCUGAAUAUAUAACUGAUGGAGGAGUGGCUGAGGUCUAUGUGGAGUAUUUUGGGGAGCAAGAUGAUCAGAGUGCAAGUGACAAUGGUAGUGAUUUUGAAAAUGAGAUGGACAAUGAUUUAGAAGGAGAGACUGAUGUAGAACCAGAUGCAGUCAUAACUGCAGAUGAUGAUGUGCAAAUAAUUAGUGUGGAUCCAUCAUCAUAUGAUGAGGAAAGUGAUCAUGAAGGAGAAUUUGUUAGGAGGAAAACUAAGUUCCCUAGGUACAACCCUAAGGUAGAUAUUCCACUAUUCUGCUUGGGAAUGUUUUUCAGGAGCAAUGAACAGAUGAGGAAGGCACUAAUAAAAUAUGGACUUCUGACAUUUAGAAGUAUAAACUUCAUGAAGUCAGAAGAAGGGAGGAUCAGGGCUAAGUGUGGAUGGCCUGGAUGUUCGUGGACUAUAUAUGGUGCUUAUAGUAGCAUGUGUUCUAGAUUUCAGGUGAUCACAUAUGAAGAUCAACAUGAGUGUGCACCUAACAGAGACAAUCACCUUGUCACAGCAAAAGUUAUUGCUAGGAGAUAUGAGCACAUCUUAAGAGCCAAUCCGACAUGGAAAAUUGAUAGCAUUAAAGCCACGGUUCUGAAAGAUUUCUUUGCGGAUGUUUCAACAUCAAAGUGCAAGGCUGCUAAGAAGAUAGUGUCAGAGAAGCUACUUGCCGGACUGAAAGAUGAGUACACCAAGGUGUUCGACUACCAGCUUGAACUACUUAGGAGCAAUCCUGGGAGCACAAUCCUUGUUGGCUUGAACCCUGAGUACAUGGAUCAAAAUAUUUUCCAAAGCUUCUAUGUAUGCUUCAAUGCUAUGAAAAAGGGUUCUAAAGCUUGCAGAAGAGUUAUUGGGCUUGAUGGCUGUUUUUUCAAAGGAGCAUGUCAAGGUGAGCUUCUAUGUGCUAUUGGUAGAGAUGCUAAUAAUCAAAUGUAUCCAGUAGCUUGGGCAGUAGUGGAGAAAGAAACUAGUGAAUCUUGGGAGUGGUUUGUUGGCCUUUUGAUAAAGGACUUGGAUAUUAAUGAUCAAGGUGAAGGAUGGGUGUUCAUAUCAGAUCAACAGAAGGGCCUUAUCAAUGCAAUGCAAAACUACGUACCAAAGGCACAACAUAGAAUGUGUGCUAGACACAUCUAUGCUAACUGGAAAAAAAAGUUUAGAGAGCAUGCUCUGCAAAAGAAAUUUGGGCAAUUGCCAAGGCUGCAAAUAGAGAAGAUUUCAUGUAUAGGAAGGCCAAGUUAGCUCAAGAUACACCUGAAGGUGCAAGGGACAUAAUGAGGACAGAGCCUAAGCAUUGGGCAAGAGCAUUUUUUCCUGUUGGGUCCCUUUGUGACUCAGUUGAUAACAAUCUAUGUGAGUCCUUUAACAAUGCUAUAGUUGAGGCCAGAUUCUAUCCUAUCAUCUCUAUGCUAGAGAAGAUUAGACACAAGAUGACACUUAGAGUCCAAGAAAAUAGGAGCAAAAGUGAAAAGUGGACAUCUAGUGAUAUAUGCCCAAACAUUUUCAAGAAGCUUAAGGUGGCCAUCAAAAUGACUCAGUUCUGUGAUGUGCUUUGGAAUGGCAAGGAAGGGUUUGAGGUGAAACAUGUCAGUGGCAGAGGAAGGAGCUAUACAGUGAACUUGGACAAAUGGACUUGCUCUUGUGGUUACUUUCAGCUAGCAGGGAUGCCUUGUUGCCAUGCCAUCAGUGCCAUAUACAAGAGUGGAAGAAACAUAGCUGACUUCAUUCACAAAUGUUAUUCAGUUGAGCAAUUUAAGAAGAUAUAUGAGCGCUGCUUGGAGCCAGUAGAAGGACAAGAGAGAUGGCCUAUCUCUGACAAACCUAGACCACAAGCACCUGGGUAUGUGAGUAUGCCAGGUAGGCCUAGGAAUAAUGACAGGAAGAGGGAAGAGGGAGAAGCACCAAAAGGAAAGAAAAUGUCAAAGCAUGGCACUAAAAUUACUUGCAGCAUGUGUGGCCACAAGGGGCACAACAAGACAGGUUGCCACAAGAAUCCUGAAAAGGGGAAGAAGAAGAAUGCCUUCCUGAAGAAAACAGGCAGGAAAAUGAAGUCAUCUCAGCAAGCAAACACUAAUGCUCAAAUCAGAUCAAGCCAGCAAGCUAAAAGCAUAGGAGAAGUUCAAGCACAAGCAGGAUCAAAUGGUGGGAAGAGGAAGGCUACCAAAAAACAGAAUGUGCAAUCCAAGAAAAAAAUCAAAGAUGUGAUAUGAUGGAGUAGUGAUUUUCUGUUAGCAUAUUACUGAAUUGCUAUGUCCUUUUGUUCCUUAUGUCACUCUGGUCAUAUAGUACCUAUUGUGUGAUGAACUUAUGCAAAAAUACGGAACUAAACUGCUGUACUAGUGAUUUUCUCACUCUGGACUAGUGAUUUUACUAGAUAUGUCACUCUGGUUAUGUCCUUUUGCUGGUUAUGUCACUCUGUUAGCAUAUUAAUAAAUUACUUGUUAUUUUGGUUUACUCAAA